AACUAGCAACAACCACUAGCAAACUCAUGGAAAUUGCCUCUUCAAAUGAAGGAUUGCGAAAGUCAACAAUGGAGGCGUAUAAAUCUUCUCCCCAAUCUUCCUUCACAAUCUUUUGUGAGUGUAAUUCUUCAACUGUUCCUCAAUUAUUGUGGCUUAAUUUUAUCGAAAUUCAAUAAAAUGCCGAUUGGAGAGAUAUUUCUAGCAGCAUUUCUUCAAGUAUUGUUUGACAAGUUAUCAAAGAGUGGAAUAAGCUUGUUCUUGAAGCGAAGAAAAGGAGUACGACCUCAAAUUAUCCAAGAGUGGCAGCAAAAGCUUAAACUGAUUGGAGCUUAUUUGAGUGAUGCAGAACAGAAGCAAUUUAAUAGCGAUGCUGUCAAAUUGUGGCUUCAAGAUCUUCAAGAUUUUUCAUAUGAUUUGGAGGAUAUUUUGGAUGAAUUUCUUACUGAUGCUCGGCUUUAUUAUCAGUCGGUUCACGCCGAUGAUGAUCGAAAUUAUGGCAAGGAACUUGAUUCUGGUCCAUAUUGUUCUCCGCUUAAAAAGGUACCCAACAUUUUUACACAUGCUUCUAGAGCUUCAAAAUGGAAGCGUGCAAACUAUUCGGCUAGGAUUAAACAGAUUAGCAGACGCCUGCAAGAUAUUUUAACCCAGGCGGGGCCAUUGUGUCUCUCACAGCAGACAAACGCAAGAAAAGAUCGACCACAAGAGCGGAUGGGAACAUCAUCUUUGGUGUGUGGAUCAGUUGUUUAUGGAAGAGAUGAUGAUACAAAAGAGGUAAUCCGAAGACUACUAAAUGAUGAGCAAAAUUGUGAGAAUUAUAUGGUGAUUCCUCUUGUUGGACAGGGAGGCAUUGGGAAGACGACCCUUGCUCAGUGUGUUUACAAUGACGAUCAGAUAAAGUUUCAUUUUAAUAUUAGAGCAUGGGUGACUGUGUCAGAUGUGUUUGAUGUUAAACGGAUUACGACAGCAAUCAUUAAUUCUGUCACUCCUGAUACACCAGUAAAUUUUGAUGACAUAAACAAGGCACAGGAGGAAUUGAAGAAUCUGCUGGCAGAUAAACGAUUUUUAAUCGUUCUUGAUGAUGUUUGGAGUGAUGAAUAUGGCCCCUGGGACCAGCUUCAGAUUCCUUUCUGGUCUGCUGCUAAAGGAAGCAGAAUCCUAACAACAACAAGAAUAGACAAGGUGGCAAAGAACAUGAUUAGAAGUUCUACUCAAUGCCCAAGCUUCUAUUUGAAGGGUUUAUCAAACGAUGAUUGUUGGCUUCUAUUUGAGCAGCAUGCACCUGUAGACCCUGACGUUAUCAGGAUGCGGGAAGACAUUGUGCCGUUAUUCAAAGGAUUGCCUUUGGCAGCCAAAGCUUUGGGUGGUCUUCUCAGGAAAGAAGAUAAGAGCAAGUGGCCAAGGAUAUUGAAGAGCAAUAUGUGGAGCGAGGAAGGAGGUGUUCUGCCGGCAUUAAGGUUGAGUUACCAUCAUCUCCCGCCACACCUAAAACGUAUAUUUUCCUAUUGCUCCAUAUUUCCCAGAAGUUAUGUUUUUCAUGAGAAGGAUGUUGUCUUAAUGUGGAUGGCUGAAGGAUUUUUACAAGAAGGCAAGGAGGGAAGCAUGGAAGACAUAGGCCGUGACUAUUUAGCGGACCUAGUAUCAAGAUCAUUGUUUGAACCUGUCCCUUAUAGGAGGAGAAGCUAUAUUAUGCAUGAUCUCAUCCAUGAGUUGGCUCAAUGGGCUGCUGGUGAUAUUUGUUGCACAAUAGGUAUGAGAAGAGAUUCUUGCAGGACUCGUCAUUUCUCAUUCACAUUUGAUGUUGGAGAUGAUAGAUCAGGUCUACUACAGCCCGUUGAUCCCAACAACGUUGGUCAAUUGCGAACUUUUGCUCUUUUUGCCAAGGCAUAUGGCUGUCCUCUAAUAAAGUUGCCAGAUUUCAGUACUCCACGAUUCAAAUACCUACGCUUGCUAUCUUUAGCUCGCAUGAAACUUACUCAGGUACCACGUGUUAUUGGUAACCUCAGUCACUUACGGCUUCUGGACCUCUCAUCGACACAUGUAAGGGAGUUACCAGUAUCAACUAGAAAUCUUCACAACCUUCAAACACUGCUCUUAAAAAAUUGUCGAUUUCUUGAGGCUGUCACACAUGUGACACAUCUAAUUGAACUUCGGCAUUUGGACUUUGUUGGGGCUGCUUUAGUGGAGAUCCCAAGGGGAAUUGGAAAAUUGACAAAUCUACGGACAUUGAAUGGGCUUGUCUUGAAAGCAAAACAUGGCGAUGCAAUAAGAGAAUUAAAGUAUUUGAACGAUCUGCAUGGCUCACUGAAAAUCUCCGGGAUACAAAAUAUAGUGAGGAGUGAGGAUGCGAAAGAAGCCAUGAUGCACGAAAAAUCAGGUCUUAAUGAGUUGAGAAUGUUUUGGGGAGCUUCUACCAACGAAGUUGAUGACAAUGUAGAACAUCAUGUUCUCCACUAUCUGAAGCCUCACGAAUCCAUCAAAGAACUACUUCUAGAAGGAUACAGGGCCUCGACAUUCCCAUCUUGGUUGGGAAAUUCUUCGUUUGCUAAGAUUGUUGUCGUAAGACUAGUAAAAUGUUUCGGAUGCAAUUGCUUACCACCACUUGGUCAAUUACCGAACUUGAAAGAGCUUUGGGUCAUAGGCUUGCAAGGUAUCGAGAAUGUAGGUCCUGAAUUUUAUGGUACAAGUUGUUCUAAACCCUUCCCUUCAUUGAGAACUUUAUGCUUCAAAGAUAUGACCAACUGGAAGGAUUGGAAGCCUAUAUCAAUUAACGGAAAAGGAGCAUUUCCAUGCCUUGAAAAACUUUUGAUUAUAGAUUGCAAAUUACUUGAUGAAUAUUCUCCUCGCCAUCUACCAUCACUAGAAGUACUUGAGAUCAAGGAUUGUUACAAGCUAAAAGUCACACUUCCAAGAUGUCCAGUACUCAGGAAUCUAACAAUAAUGGGAUGUAGAGUGUUAUCAAGUACUGAAUCUGUCAUAUGCUGUUCCGAAAUCAUAAGGCUUGUAGACAUUUCUGAAUUUACUGGAUUUGAGGGUUUUCAAGUGAAAGGAUUCAAAAAACUCGUGCUAGGAGGAUAUGAGUAUUUAGAAAGAACUCAAAGCAGUAAGAUAAUAGAAAUCACAAGGUGUCCAAAGCUUCAUAAUUGGUCACUCGAUGGAUAUAGAGGGUUAGACAACAAGUUGACUGAGGUCCGACUAGAAAACUGUGAAGAUCUGAUGCCAUUCCUGCUGGAAAAGAACUUACUGUCAACUGUGAGAUAUCUUUUCAUCAAGAGCUUCUAUUCUCUGAAAUACACAGCCACCUUAACUCGCCUUUGUAGUUUUCUUGAAGUGUUCUCUAUAGGGCAUUGUUCAGUUCUCGUGACUAUUGAUCAGCUGCCCAUAACACUUUGUAGGCUAGAUUUAAGUAAUUGUCGAAAACUACAGGCUGUUGCAUUUGAGGAGUCAAGUUCCUUCAAUAUUGGUGGAAAGUUUCUUCUCGAGGAACUAAAUGUUGAAGGAUGCAAAUCUUUGAAAUCCUUGUUUAGCACAUGUAUUUUCCCGACAACCCUAGAAGCCGAACCUCCACCCUCUUCUGUUUCGAGAUCAACAACUAAGUUCCUUUGCGAACUUCCAAAUCUUACUCAGUUAAGAGUAAGUGAAUGCCCCAUAGCCACCGUGUUCCCACAAGGUUUACUCCUCCCUCGUAUAAAAACACUUUCUUUGACACAUUGUCCGAAUGUAGAGGUGCUCCCCAGUAAGGUAUCUAACUUCAUAUCCUUAACUAGACUUGAUUUUGUGGAUGUCAAGAUAUCUCAACCAGCUCAAGAAUGGGGAUUAGACCUUCUUACUUCUCUUCAACAUCUUAAACUUGCUUUCUUGGGAAGCUCUGUAGAUUCAGUAGAGUGUAUUUCCGGCCCCAAUCUUAUUCUUCCGUCUUCCUUAUCGCACUUGUCAAUUAGCGGCUUCCAAAAUUUGAAAUCUAUUUUGUGCUCCUGCUUUCCGAGCCUAACUCAACUUACUGUCCGAUCUUGUAUGAGGUUUGAGUCGUUAGAUGAUAAUGACGGAUACUCAAAGCCUAGACAUGUGGAGAUUAGUGAUUGUCCUUUGAUGGCUCAACAACGUCAAGGUGAUCCUGAUGGCCUUGUACAUACAGGAUUAAUUGAUGAUGAUGGUGGUUAUUUAAGCUCAGAUUCAUAUACUUCAUAUUGAUAUAAGUAGCUAGGUUCAUGCUUCUAAUUGUUUAAAGGGUGUUUCAGUGAACAAUUGAUGAGUCCCUUUUAAUUAUUGACUGUAUUUUUUAUACAACUACUGAGUUGCCUUUCU